UUUUCAUUUUUCCCAAGUGACUGCAAGAAGCAACAAGAUGGCCCGCAAGUACGUGAUCGGCGGCAACUGGAAGUGCAACGGCUCGCAGAGCACGGUGGCCUCGUUGAUUGAGAUGCUCAACGGCGUCACGAUCGACACGGAGUCGGUCGAGGUGAUUGUGUCGCCGCCUGCGCUCUUCGUCGCGACGGCCCAGGCCCAGCUCAAGCCCGAGAUCCGCGUCUGCUCGCAGAACGUGAGCUUGACCGGCCCCGGCGCCUUCACGGGCGAGAUCGCCGCCGAGCAGCUCAAGGACUUGGGCCUGCAAUGGACGCUUGUCGGCCACUCGGAGCGCCGCUCGCUCUACGGCGAGACGGACACGAUCGUCGCCCAGAAGACCAAGCGUGCCUUGGACCAGGGCCUCGACGUUAUUGUGUGCAUUGGCGAGACGCUUGAGGAGCGCAAGGCCGACCAGACGCUCAACGUCUUGACGCGCCAGCUCAAGGCCGUCGCCGACCUCUUGACGGAAGACCUCUGGUCGCGCAUCGUCGUCGCGUACGAGCCCGUGUGGGCCAUCGGCACGGGCGUCGUCGCGACCCCUGAACAGGCGCAGGACGCGCACAAGAACCUCCGCUCGUGGGUCGCCUCGACGAUCUCGGCCGAGGUUGCUGCCAACUUGCGCAUCAUCUACGGCGGCUCGGUGAGCGCCAAGAACUGCAACGAGCUCAUUGCGCUCCACGACGUCGACGGCUUCCUCGUCGGCGGCGCCUCGCUCAAGCCCGAGUUUGUCGACAUUAUCCAGCAAUAUAACUAA